AUGGCGCAAGCAAGGAUGCCUGAACUGGCCGAUAUGGUCAGAAGGCAAUAUCACAGGUUCCCUUCCGAUACGUGGGAAGCUACACGUCUCGCACUCGAUAACCCAGAACCCCAUCGCCUCUUCGAACACAUAGAGACACUCAUCUCCACACGCAAGAUCGAUGCGAUUCUUCAUAGUAAUGCGGACUUCCGCGGGCUCAUGGCAAGUCUGUACGGUCAACGGUACGAGUGGCUUCAAGAUGCGGACCUCGGAGACGCUCGUUGGGGGGUGACCCAAGAAGAGGGCGUCGAGGAUCUCGCCGCGCAAGCCAAGGCAGCCGAAGACGACGGUCGGAGUUUGGAAAACCGGAAGAGAGAUAUCAUGCUCAGGAAGCUUGUCGAAGGCGGCGACGAUCUAGAAAGGUGGGCCAAGGUCCUGGGUUUCGAGGGCACCAGCUUCUCCCAGGCCGAGAUCGAAGCCGUCGCAGCAAAGAUGAGGACCGAAUCUGGAUUGGUGGAAGGCGAAGGCCGUCCUGCUUAUGGUGUGGGAGAGGAGAGAGAGGGCAUCGGCGGCCCGGAUACCACUGGGUGUCUGGACGGACCCGAAGGUACGUACGGUCCUUCGACGUACGCAGGUCAGUCGAGCCUCCUCGCCGACGAAGAGCCGGUCCAGCCUGAGUCAGUACCGCGAGCCCCUGCCGAGGGCGGAGAGGCACCCAGGAACCCCUUUACGACGGAGUGGCGUGCCCGCGAUAACCCCGGAAACUGGAAGUGGCCGCAGACCCUUGACCCCUAUUACAGCAGCAACCAUUUCAUCAGGAGGUCGACGAAGUACAAGCAUCCUGAACGGAACUCUCCACCAGACGAUGACGAUGAUGAAGAGGAAGACGAGGAGGAAGAUAACGAGGAUGACUCAGCUCAGGAAUGGGAAAGAGAUGAUUCUGAGGGUGAAAGGAUGCCCCCGAUAACAUCAACUCGAGGCGAGGGUUCUCGCAGCAGCCAAAAAGACAAGGGCCGAAAAGGUUCACGGUUACGUCCACCAAAGACCAGCCGUCCGACUACCACCGAAAGACUGCCUAGAGGCAGUGAGGAAGGAAGAGCUUCUGUUCGCUUCUCGGGAGUUACGGAGUCGCCUCCAAAGCCUCAAGGUCCUGUGAAAUCCCCUUUCGUUUUGGACACCAGGGCAACGCCUCCGCGCGAUGAUACGACUGCCCCCUAUAUCACCGUCGCCGGCACAUCAUCAUCCACUGGGCAUCGUUUACCCGCAAGCCGAUCUGGACGCGGCAGUCGUCUCGUGAGAAACUCUGCCCUCGCCCCUCCAUCGACACAACCCCCUCGUAUCUUCACUCCCGUUAGAGAAAUCUAUGUUUCCGAAUCCGCAUCGCCCAGCACCGCAUCAGAGGCAUCCGACGUCGAUAUGGUCGACCCCGAACCCGAAGAUGCCGAUGCUGCUGCUACCACUACCACUAGAAACGACGGCGAGACCUCUGAAGACCUCCGCAGCAGACCCUACGACAGCCAGUGGCUCAUCAACUGGUUCAGACAAGACCCCGCCACCACGGAAGAGGACCUGCGCAUGAUCGACUACAAGGGCUGGCGCGUCCCCGCACCCAAACUCCAGCUCGUCCGCAUCAAAAACUUCCUCGCGGACGAGGACAUUGACCGCACCCUCGACUGGGAGCGCAAGUGUGCCGAGAUUGGCGAGUUCUUGCAGUACUGCAUCCGCAUGGACGGCGUCACCGAAAAGGACUGGUACGUCGACCUCCGCGAGGCGAUCAGCAUGCUGCGUACCCACAAGCUGUUCGAAGAGCACCACUACGGCACGAAGAAGCUCGUCGUCGAUUUCCCCAAAAUGGGCGCCGUCAGCACGCGACUGCCACCCUUACUCGACGGGCGCGACAUCGUCGUCGAGAAGAGGGCUAGGGAUCCCGUGCGGCCUCGUUACCUCCUACACCGCGUGCCCGAGUCCGUCCAGGACGUCGACUACCAGAUCCCCGGGCCGCUGCUACGAAUGGCAUUUCUCAAGUGGUUCCGCGAGGACGGGAACCUCGUGUGGGCCGCGGACCCGAACAGCGACGAGGCGCCCGGCUCGGGAGAGCGCGGGCAGAGGUUCGGGUACGAGCCAGACUUCAACAUGGCGCUCACGGAAGACGAGUGGUUCGCAAAAUGCAUGACGGGAGGGCCCGAGACGACCUCGGACGAGCUCCACGGCGAGGCCAACUUUUACCUCCUCAUGGACGAGUACGUCGGCGGCGAGGUCAACACGUACGAGGACGAGGGCAAGACGCGCAAGUUGCAGAAAUUCUACCCCGAGGGCGAGACGCAGCAGCGCUUCGCCCGUUUUCGCGGAGCAAAGCGCGCGGCGCUGCAGCAGUGUCUCUCGCAUUUCAACAGCGAGGAGAACGUGGCGCUCGCGAGUCCCUUUCGAAAACUGGUGCUGCCGCUGACCAAGAGGGAGAAGGCGGCUGCGCUGGCUGAUGCGAGGCGGGAUAUCGUGUACAAGCCUCACUCUGUCAAGGCGCCGCCGCCGGGGACCAAGCUUGACCCGCUCGGUAUCACGUACUGGCAUAGCCAGAUGCAGGCUGCCAAUCGCGACCGCGCGUAUACAUUGUGGAAGAAAACGGUGCGUAGUAACGAGAAGAUGCUGGAGGACAUGGGGGUCGACAAGGACACGGUGAGGCUCCCCGAGCAGCUGUACGGUCCCGUCACACCCUGGCAUUUCUUGAGGAAGAGCGAGAGGAGGGUGCUCAUCGACUUUCAUCACCUGCGCAUCCUCCGCGAGAAACUCACGAGUGCGUACAAUAAAGAUCCGCGGGAGAUGCUCGAGGGCGUGAUCAAGAACAUCGAGUACGGGCUCAAGGGGGCGCCCUCGUGGGACGUGGAGGAGGUCCUGGCUGCCCAUCGGGAGAAGAACGGCGGACACUGUCGCCCCCUCAAACAAUGGGAGGUGGAUUGGCUAAAGUUUGUCUGCGGGCCGUCCACGACGGUCAAGGCCCAGCAGUCGGUGCUCCCGAAGCUGGGGCGCGACUUUGACGUGUUUGUCGCGCGGAUGCAGGCGCUGCUGAACGAGCCGAGCCAGGUGUGUCUCUUUGCGGGGCAGGAUCGCAAGAACACGCUGCCGCGGGUUGCCGGUGCCCUCAACGACGGGAUUCGAACGGGCGACUAUUUCUUCACUGAUGAUUUGGUGAAUAAGUACAGCAAGGUGCUGGCCGAAUAUGGAAGACUCACCUACGAACGCUCAGAAACUGGCGAGGUCUCCAUAAGCCGACCCAAAAACGACUGGCACCCAGAACACCGCAUGAACUGGGACAUAGGCACCGACUGGGCCCAAGAAACGGACCAGAACAAGCUCUUGUACCACCGCCUCAACGUUCCAAACCCAUUCGGCACGUGGGAAUGGCCCUCGGCUUUCGCAAAGUUGGACGAGAUCAACCUGACGCGCACGCUGACAAAGGAGCUCCUCUGGACCCUCGGCUACCGCCUCGGCGUCGAGCUCGCCAGGUGCGUCGUGAACCUCCCCAUCAUCAGCCAGCGCCUUAAUCACGGCAACGACUGGGAGUACCGCAAGACGCAGCUGCAGGACGUCCUGGGCAUGUGGGGCAGCAGCUUCUCGCGGGACAGGCCCGGUGAGGAGGACACGGUCACGCCGCGGGUGUCGUACAAGAGCGUCGUAAAGGCAGGCGAGCCGCAGACGUGGACGGAGGAGAUGACGGAGGAAGAAGCGCGCGAGGUCGUCCGGCGGGGCAUCAUAGACGAGCUCUCGCGGGGCCACGGGACGCUGUGGCCCAGUCGGCCGCGGUGGUUCCACAGGCGCCGGGACGACAAGCGCUUCAUGACGCUGCACCGCGAGCGGAUCUGGGACUGGGCGUCUCCCGGCGUGUGCGGUAAGACGAAGCGGCAAUUCUUUUCGAUGAACCGGUGGCCGGUGCAUCUGCAGAGCAGAGAGCGGCAGGAAGAGAUCAGGCGGAGCGUGACGGACGAGGGGUUGCGGAAGCAGGCCGAGGCCGACGAGCUGCGGACGAAGAUGGCGAGGCUCGCGGAGAGCGUGAGGCCUACUGCGGACGAGAUUCGGCAGACGCAGAUAGCGCAGAUGCUUUCUGUGCCGUAUCAUGUUGGCGACGAUCGGAGGACCGAGUUUUUCCCUGGUGUGACGGAGUACUGGGGUGGCGAUACCGAGUCGCAGAGGCGGGAUCUUGAGAGGCGUGCGGAGGCGAUGAUUAAUGAAGAGCUAUUUCCCAACGACGGCAUUGCGCCUCGCGGAACGGGAUGGAUCAGUCGUGAGGCGGUCCAGACGCCCGGCGCUGAAAUCCCUGAAUUGAUAGAAAUUGAUCCGGACCUGGUGCCGAGAAGCGUUCCGGCCUGGGUCCCCUCGGGGCGAAGGACGUCGUCGGUAGCGGGUGGGGCUAGUGCGGAGGAAACUCAGCCGACGCCGGCGACGGGCCGGCAGUCGCUGUUCCCACCACGGCAUCCACCGCGGCAGAGACGAGUGCGAUUUAACGUCGCGGCUCAGGAGGGUAGCGAUUCGGAGAAGUAG